UUCCCAAUCGAGCUCUCUCGUGCACAAGCGAAACAAUCCAUACACCAAGGUUGCCAAUGUUGCAACAUUCGGAAUCUCUAGCACCUCUCAAUCUGCAACUCGUUGCCAGCCUCGAGGACGUGUACAUGCAAAGUCCCGUCAUGAGCGAUGGCCACGCCGCACGGGCCCACGCGGCCAGGAAGAGCGCCUUCCUGUCCAUGUCUCCGGCCUGCAACUUCGAGGCCUUCAGUCUGCACUUCCACCUGCCACUCAAGGUAGCGGCCGAAAAGUUUGGAGUCCGGGCCACGGCCUUCAAGAAACGCUGUCGAGCCAUCGGUAUUCGACACUGGCCGUACCGCAAGGUACGCAGUCUCAAGCGAUCGCUUCAGGAGCUCAAUCGCUGCAAGGAACAGGCCCCGCUCAGUGACAAGCAACAGGCCCAGUACGCCACAUUUAAGCGCCAAUUGGACAAACUCAUGGCCCCGGAGACCUACGGGCUAGAUCCAUCGGGCCGUCUCGGGCCACAACACCAGCAGUUGUUGGCCUGCGAUGACGACGAUGAGGACGUCGAAUCUGAGAACGACAACGACUCACUGGCGUCCCAAAGUCCGCGAUUCGGCUCCGAGCUGAGCUUUUAUGACUGCACAGUCAGCCCGACCGACGGAGACGCCAAGACGUUGGGCGACGUCAUCCCGGCGGGGUCUACUCACCUUCGGAUCCGUAGAAGUCAGGUGAUGCACUUGCCACCGGCCCAUUUGUCAUUCUUUGACCGAGGCCUCAAGAGCGAGGAGUUCAACGAGGCCUACUACGCUCAACCGCAGUUUUACAGCCACUUCGACGUUUUUGCCAAGUCCAGUUCGGACAGAGCUGCCGAUCUCAUUAUGAAGGCUUCACCCACCGGCCACAAGAAGGCGUUCGUCGAGGAUUAUCCUCCCAGUGGCUUUGAUAGCGCAGAUCUUGAUUUCCUGCCUUCGGAAACCAAGUACGCUGACGUACGAUCUUUGAAUGACGUGGACGAGGAGUUCACAGCCCAUGCGAGCCAAGUGGACUACAGUAGUGAGAGGUUCUUUGACGACGUGUUCUUGCAAAUCUCGCCGGACUACGGCUGCUUGGUGUAACUUGGUUUUAUCAGCUUUGGAUCGAGGCUUUUGGAGCGUCAGUUAGCUAUCCUAUCACGCUGUCAAUUGAUCCAGAACCUUGCUUGAUCGCUCAUCGACCGCGACAAUCAUGGAAACUGCACUCGUUUUGCCGCGGAUAGCAUUUUAGGUAUCAAGAACCAGAAGAGUCUAGCAAAUGUCCAAUAUGUGGUGGCAAGCGUAACAGCCAAACAAAAUUUACGUGUAUUUCUACGAGACGCUUUAGUUGAACGGGAUGUGCUUCUCUUUUUUUUUUUUACUAAAUUAAAUGUUGCUUCCU